CUUUAGCCAUGCUGUUUUUUAUAAGAUCCAACAACGUUAUUUAUUAUCACGUUUGCAAAAUGUAGAGAGAAAAAAAAUAAAUGUAUAAAAUACAGUUAAACACAAUGCUGUAUCGUAGAAAGCCUUAUCAAACUUUUCCUGAUAUUCGAACAUAACCUAUCUUUUGCUUGUGUUUUUUGGUUAUAAACAGCAGGACGCAUGUAAAGAAUUAUUUUUUAAGUGUUGAUCUAAUUUCGCAAUAAAAAGAGCGAUGGGAAAAAAGGAUAAGAAAAAAAAGAACAAAAUAAGUGGCCAGGAAAAAACUGCCCUGAAAACCGAAAAGAAGCUCAAUGCUAAGCAAAAGAAAGAAUUAGCGGCACUUGGUGAGGAUGACAUAGAAAAAGUUGUUGCUGAAAUUGAAAGAGAAGAAGCUCGCAGACAAUGUGUUAAGGAAGUGGUAGUGGAUGCGCCGCUUAGACGAGUCAACUUUACUCUGACGGCGCAUCCCUUUAAGGAUGAACUUAUCAUGUUUGGUGGCGAAUUUCAUGAUGGUCGACAAACGAUCAUAUAUGGUGACAUGUUUAUUUACAAUAUAAAUAAGCGAGAAUGGAUAUUAGUGAAAGCACCAGGAGCACCACCACCACGUUGUGGCCACCAAACUGUCGCCACAAUGGCAAAUCGCGGUGGUGAGUUGUGGAUAUUUGGUGGCGAAUUCACCAGUCCAAGCGAGUCACAAUUCUAUCACUAUCGAGACUUAUGGGUGUUUCGAUUUGCCGAUAAAAAAUGGGAAAAAAUUACGGCUCCAAACGGACCAUCAGCUAGAAGCGGACAUAGAAUGAUACAUAUAAAGAAACAGUUAAUCGUGUUUGGUGGAUUUCAUGAUAAUCUACGAUGCGACUACAAAUAUUUCAACGACGUUCAUAUUUUUUGUCUAGAAACUUACACAUGGCGAAAGAUUCAGCCUGCUGGUAUUGCACCGGCUCCUCGAUCAGGCUGUAUGUUGUUGCCAAAUACAGACAAUAAAAUUGUCGUAUAUGGCGGUUAUAGCAAAGAAAAGAUAAAGAAGGAUCUAGAUCGAGGUUGCAUUCAUGAUGACAUGUUCCUCCUUACGCAAGAUAAAAAUGAUUCAACCAAAUAUAAAUGGGUUUGUGUAAAACAAACUGGAAAUCGAAUGAGUCCGAGAUGUGGUGCUUCCGCCGUAUUAAUUCAGCCCACUGCCAAUCAAGCCUUUGUCUUUGGUGGUGUUUAUGACACUAACAAUGAUGAUGAAGAGGAAGACUUGCAUGGAACAUUUUAUAAUGAUCUAUUUGCAUUGGAUUUAGAAAAAUUCCAUUGGCGCAUUAUAACGUUAACUGGAAAAAAAGAAACUACUUCUGACGACAUUGAAGGACCGCGAAAAAGGAGAAGAAAACAGAAAGAGGAAAAUAAUGAUCAAGAACAGAGUAAUGAUGAAGAUGAGGAAGUAAUAGAGAAUCUUUCAAAUUCCAUACAAUCUACAGUUACUGUAGAUGAUGAUGGAAUAUUCACGGUAACGGUAGGUCCGGCGGGAUCAUCUACAAUUUUAUCACCUCUUCAAUCUAUCUCAACGGCAACAUGUGAUAAAGAGACAAAAUUUGUUCCAUUACCGCGAAUAAAUGCCGGAUUAGCGGUAAAGAACAAUAUUUUAUACAUGUACGGCGGUGUAAUGGAAGAAAAUGAUCGACAAUAUACAUUUUCUGAUUUCUACAGUUUAGAUUGCCGAAAGCUAGAUGAAUGGAAGAUUCUGAUAGCGAACGAUUUAUCAUCGCAAACCUGGUUCGAUUCUUCGGAAAGUUCAGAUGAGGAUGAAAGUGAAGAUGAUAGCGAGCAAGAAGAGAAUAACAAGUUAAUAAAUAUUAAUGAAGAAUAA